ACGGGCAACAUCUUUCCCAAUAACAAAAAAUAAAAUUGAACAAAUAGAAACAAAUUCUCCACUCUACUAGAAACAUAAAUUUAGUUCAAAAAACAAAGUGUAACACAAAAGACAAAAAGAAUGCUACCAGCCAUGUGGAGUCCCCGCGUGAAUCUGCUGGCCGACGACCCGCACGACAUGCUGUGCGAUGACGAGAAGCAUGCUAUCGCGGCUUUGAAGCGGAUCUAUGUGAAGACCAUCGAGCUGGACAGCAAGUUGCAGCGUGAGAUGUAUGAUCUGGAGGAGAAGACGGAGGCAGAGCAUAACGUCUUCUACGACCAACGCAAGAAGGUCCUUGAUGGAAUACGUCAGAGAUACAAGGGCGGUGCACUUGCCAAGAAUGUGUCGAACUUUUGGUUGCGUGUCCUGAAGGCUUCCUACCCUGAGACAAUCUCCGAAAUGGAUUCCAAUGUCCUCUGCCACAUGAACGACAUACGCAGCAAGCUCUAUAGCCGGCCGCAGGUCAAGUUCGAGAUCUAUUUUCAUUUUGAGCCGAACGUCUACUUCAGCAACAAGCAUUUGACCAAGACAUAUUACCUGAAUUGCACGGUGGACCCUGAGGAGCCCAUGGCCUACAACGGCGAUGAGAUCUACAAAGCUCAAGGGUGCACCAUCAACUGGAAGUCCGAGACCCUUAGAAACAUGUACAAGGACUCCUUCUUCAAGUUCUUCAGCCCUCCCUCAAUGCCCGAAGACACUGAAGAUCCCACAUUUAAGCAGAUCAAGGAAAUACUGGUGAACGAUUUCCAUUUCGGCAUCUACCUGAAGGAGCGUGUCAUACCAAAGGCCGUGUUCUUCUUCACGGGCGAGAUUAAGCACAAUCAAGGAUCGUCGAGCGACACGGAAGGCAACGCCGAGGAUGAUGGGGACUCUAAUGCGGUUGGGGAUGGGGAAGGGAAUGCGGAUGCGGAUGCGGAUGCUGAUGCGGCAUUGUCAGAUGAGGAGAAUUCUUCUCCACUGGAAGAGGCAUCGCCUAACCAGUCAGAUUUCGAUAAUGAACUCGACGAAGAAAGCGAUUCAUCCGAUGAUGUGGACCUCUACAGGGACCCUGGCUUGCUGGAAACCAUACAGGAUUUCCAACGCCCGGGGAAUGCCUUGGGUCGCCUUUAAGUUUCACUUCAAACAACACUUUAACACUACGAACUACACUAACUAUUUCGAUGAAUGCGAACUAUGGACUACAUUACAUGCAUAGAUGGUAAAUGAUUUCUAAACGACAAAACAAAACAACUUAUUCCAGACCAUCUAUGCCAAAGCAUUUAUGCGUGUUUCAAAAAUUGUUUCGCACGUGGCAACAACAAUUGCUUCUCCACACACACACACACACGCACGCACACAAUCAGCAAAAGGCAAUUGUUUACCACGUGAUUGGAACAGGUUUUGACACAGACAAACACAGCUUACUGAGGCUGUUACAAUUAA